AAACGAAAACAUCUAGAGAGGUUUAAUUCAUACGCAAAAAACGGAAGUGGGGAGUGGAGUGGCGACGCUCAAUGGACCAAAACGGCGUCGUAGCUUUUCGCCACCGUCGUUCGCCGUCCUCCGAUCGAUUUCUCGGCGUAUUAUCUCCACCGCAGACUGAUAGUAAUGUCGCCGGCGAUGAGCUUAACGAAGAUGAUGUUUUCUGGACCGGAGACUUCACUGAACCUCAGCGCAGCUCUACUUCCCCUGCUUCUUCAAACAGUCUCCGGCGGCAAACCUUCCGUCAUCCGGAGAAAUUCGGUAUUCUCGCUGCAUUGUCUGAGGAUCAACGGAAACUUAACCGUCCGGUUGUUUAUCGGAAAACUUCGAUAAUUUCCUCACCUUCGCCGCAGAUGUCGUCUUCGCCGAUGUCGUCUUCGCGAGCUUUUCCGAUGAUUCCGAAGCCUCCAUUGGAUAGAGAAAAUAGCUAUAACCGUAAUAACUAUUCACAAACGAUGCCGGUGAGGAAGUUCCAACACUCGGCUCCAGUGAACAUCCCGAUGAUGCCGAAGAAGGCGACGCCGAGAAACGACAAGCUUGCUGACGUGGAAAUCGAUGACGAUGAGGGCGGCGACGAUGAGAUGCUUCCGCCUCAUGAGAUCGUAGCCAGAGGAGGAUCCUCUAGAUCACCUAAAACCACGUUUUCGGUGCUCGAAGGCGUCGGAAGAACACUCAAAGGGAGAGAUCUUCGUCAAGUUCGAAAUGCUGUUUUUCGCCAAACAGAGCCCUAUGCUUCGGCCAUUGGAACCUUGUUGCAUCAUUAGGUUCUUUAUUCUACUGGUGCCUUUAUUUUCUAUUUUCAUUUCAUGAGGCAAUUGAAAGAAAGUAACCCAGUGUAUCUGAAGGGACAGUGGCAGUAGUUUGAUGGUUUUUAUUUGCCUUCUGAUUGUUGUGAUCAUUAAUAUCUCUGAUCAGGCCGAAUGAGUAACUCUGAUCAGGCCAAGGAGAGGAGCAUGGUUUUUGAUCCUUUGUAACUUGGAUGAUGCAAAAAAGUCAGGUAAUUUUUUCGCCGCCCUAGCCUUUGUUAGAGUUAUAUGGUACCUUACUAGGUAGGAUACAAAUACUUAGUGCAAUAGUUGAGCAACAUGCAAGUACAAGGUAUUUGAUACCUUUUUUCAAUGAGGAGUUAUUUGAUACCUUUAUGAGGAAGGAUACAAAUACUUAGUGAAGUAGUUGAGAUACAUUCAAGUUGAUUUGAAUGCUAUGAUAUCUAUAAAAGA